AUGAUCAUACUCUAUGUUUUACACAUGAUCAUACUCUAUGUUAUACACAUGACCUGAUUUAUUCAUCACAAGAGCCCUCUGAUAGUUACUGUCAUCACCCUGUUUUAGACGUAUACAUCACAUAUAAGAAGACACUGAAUAACGUGCUGCAGGUUGGAAAGGUGAACAAAAGGGACUAAUCAGGUGAGGGCGUCUGCUGCCAAACCCAACGGCCUGAGUCGGGUAUCUGGGACCCAACAUGGUGGUGGAAGGAGAGAAAUGGCUCCAGCAAGCACUUCACAACUAACAAGUGAAACAAACCAAAUAAAUGUAAAAAGAAAGCCGAAAACAAAGCCAAAACAAACAGCAGCUACAAAUAAGUGUGGAAAGUUGAACUCACGACUGCCUGAUUCCUGCAUGCGUCCGUUUUCUUAGCCACUCUGCUGCCCUCAUCCAUGGCCACCGUUCCGUUCAGCCCAGUUAGGCAGCGCCACACUUCCAGAACACCCUCAGUAAAGCCGAGGAUGUUAUUGUGUGCAGAGACAAAGGGGAGGGAAGCUGCUGUCUUCUCGUCCACUUGCUCAGAUACCUAGUGUGGAGCGGGGACUUGUCAUAGAUGCAGGGGCAGAGGCCAGGAACAGCUCUCAGAUCACCUUUCACUAGGCUGCACCGAGACCCGCGUAGGAGGAAAGCGAGCGAGAGCUCAGUUGGCCCGGGGAGCUGCACGCGGCUGGCUGGUCGGCCUGACAGACCUUCAAGGGCUGGAGCGUGGACGCGCGGACCGACUCUGAACAGACAGACGAACCGCGGCCGCAAGGUUCCCAGACAGGAUCUCACCCAGAGGCAGGCAGCGGACGGUGCCUUAGUGGAACCUCGCUGUCCUCCACCGCCUGGCCCCGGUGCAGGCGUCCAGCGGCCGCCGCAUCCAAAGUGAUCGCUGCCUCCCCGUCUCCGCCAGGCUCGGGACCAUGAAGCUGCUGCCGUCGGUGAUGCUGAAGCUCUUUCUGGCUGCAGUGUUGUCCGCGUUGGUGACCGGUGAGAGUCUGGAGCGGCUUCGGAGAGGUCUGGCGGCAGCAACCAGCAACCCUGACCCUCCCACUGGAUCCACAGACCAGCUGCUACCCACGGGAGUUGAUCGUGCUCAGGGGGUCCAGGACUUAGAAGGGACAGAUCUGGACCUUUUCAAAGUUGCUUUUUCCUCCAAGCCACAAGCCCUGGCCACCCCAAGCAAAGAAAGGAAUGGGAAAAAGAAGAAGAAAGGAAAGGGGUUAGGAAAGAAGAGAGACCCGUGCCUCAAGAAAUACAAGGACUACUGCAUCCAUGGGGAGUGCAGAUACCUGCAGGAGUUUCAUACGCCCUCUUGCAAAUGCCUCCCUGGUUACCACGGACACAGGUGUCAUGGGCUGACUCUACCGGUGGAGAAUCCCCUAUACACAUAUGACCACACUACAGUCUUGGCUGUGGUGGCUAUAGUACUGUCGUCUGUCUGUCUUCUUGUCAUCGUGGGACUUCUCAUGUUUAGGUACCACAGGAGAGGAGGUUAUGACUUGGAAAGUGAAGAGAAAGUGAAGUUGGGUGUGGCUAGCUCCCACUGAGGAGGACCUGAGCUAUAGGAACCUUCAGAGGCUAUUUCUGAGACAGUGGUUCGUUACAACUUCUACACAGAGGAGAAAUAUUUCACCAGCAGCCAUGAAAACGUCUUCAUUCAUUCCCAGUUGCUACCCUGACUGGGCCUCCUGUAAUUGCUCUUUUAAAAAAAAAAAAAAGAAAAAGAAAAAAGAAAAAAAAGAAAAAGAAAAAUCUCAGAGCCUCUAAGUGCCAAACAGACUAUGCCCGCUGGGAUCCGGAUCAGAAGAAAGCAGGAGUGAGUGAGCCCUUCAGGCCUUCCUGGUCCUCCUCCAUUGAAUCCACUGGUUUGUUUAAACACUUAGCUUCUGGAUGAAAGUGUCAGCUAGUUUCCAUAGGAGAGGAAGGUUAAAUGGUUUAUGGACUGGAAGAGAGCAACAGCGUUAAGAAGCUAUGUGUUCAAGUAGCCGCAAGGGAUCUGCUGUUUGGACCCUCCAGCGCGCUGGAUUUGAUGAGCUAACUGUGAAAUACCACAAGCUCGAGAACUCUUGAGUUUUGGGACUUUUCUACCCAGAGGGGGAAAGUAACAAGUAUUUUGUUGUUUUGUUGUUUUUGUUUUUGUUUGUUUGUUUGUAAAAUGCCUCUUAAAUUAUAUAUUUAUUUUAUUCUAUGUAUGUUAAUAUAUUUAGUUUUUAACAAUCUAACAAUAAUAUUUCAAGUGCCUAGACUGUUACUUUGGCAAUGUCCUGGCCCACUUCUCUGCGCUCCACCAUCUGGCUCAAUGCCACGCUGGGUCCUAUUUGCUCUGUAACCCAUUGGUAGUAAUUUAUUGUCUGUCUACAUUUCAGAAGAUGUCCCUGGAGCAGAAUAUCCCAGGGUAGGUUGUGUAUGGUCAGAGUGCAGGGAUCGGUUUGGGCGGAGCCACUCUGUGAGUUGGACUGCAGUCUUGCCUAGGUGAUUUUUGUCUACUGUUCGUGUUCCGAAAGCCCAAGGUGCUGAUGUUAACGUGUAACAGAUAUUGGUGUUUGCCUGUGUCCUCUCCCUGCCAAAUCCCAGAAGAGAUUGAGCGUCCAUGCCUGCAGGAAGUCCAUGGGCUUCCUGGUUCUCCAUCGCCCCAUCUCACUCCCUUUGUGUCAAGACAUUUCCCUUAUCCUUGCUGUUCUUCUGGUGCUACUCCGUGCAGGGGUUGGCAGAGCACAGGACAGUUUGGAGAAGGCAUUAGUAAAGAAAAAGGCUGAGGAAGAGCAGGGAGCUUUGGAGUUGACUAUUCUUGGUCAUUGAUACCUAUCAAUUACUAUAGGGAAGGUUGGUGGGAGGGAAGGUUUUGGGUAAAGGAGACUACUACGGUCUCACCAAGACUAUAAUGUAUGCUGUCACAGUCCCCAUGGAAGGUUCUAGUGCCAUUUCUGAACUGUUACAACCUAUAUUUCCAAAACCUGGUUCAUAUUUAUACUUUGUGACCCAAAUAAAGAUAACCCUUACUCCAUC